AUGGCCGACACUAUCACGGCCCUACUAACUCCGCCCGCGCAAUCUAGCAGCAAGAACGAGACACGAGUCCAACGCGCCAAGAAUCGAAUAUUGAAAGCAGCCGGUUCUGACCCGUCGGAGCUCUUCGGCAAGCAUGCCCCUCGGUCCUGGGGCCAGAGCCUUCUCGAGCAGCUCGCCACUACCCUCGAGUUGGCCAAGAAGGGAAAAGCUGGAAUCGCUGUGGAACAAUUGGUAGCUCGCCUGAAGGAAGAGGCAGGCCGAGACCCAACUGCCAAGGGUGUAGUCAGCAACGGUAUUGUCACCAGAAUCAGAUUGGAGAUUACGAGCAAGUCGCGGGAAUGUGCGCCCCAAGACGAGGAGGAUGAGGUCGAAGAGUCUGAUGGGGAUGCACACAUGACCUCGUCGCCAUCCAAGGGUCGACCGCUCAAAAGGCGCACAGAAGACAAACAGGACACGGAGAAUGAAGAAGAGGCAGAAGAUUCUCGAGACAUCGCCUCUCCCAGCCCUGAAGCAAAAGGCCCUCUACCGAUCGAGAAUUAUCAUAAGCGCAUCGCUGCACACCGACACCGCCUCAAGCUCUUCGAAAACGACCGCGACGCAGCACAGCUUCGACUCGAUCAAAAGGAUCCCCUCAACAACGCUCUCCAAGAUGCCACAGCAAUCCGCGACAGUACCCGCACAAAAGCGCAAGAGUCCGCGACCGCACUCACCGAGCUCGAGGCGCUGGUGGCUCGCCACGGCGAUAUUCUCCCAGCCACAGUCCGCGAUAGCAUCCCCCACGCGAAACAAAAGUCGGACGAGGCGAACCGCGCAGCUGAGAAAGCAGAGGCUGAUGUGGAAGCGGCUCAAAGGAGGGUAGAUGAACUUGCGGCAGACGAGCCAGCACUCCAGGAUAUAGUUGUGAUUAUGACGGAGGGCAUUGCAGGUUGUUUGGAUGAUAUUGACAAGGAGGAGAAAGACCUGGAUGCGGCGUUGUGCAUACAGAGUAUCCAGCGUCUGACCUGGAAGGUCUUGAGAGCGAAGCCAGUGGAGCAAGUUAAUGACUUGCGGUCGCUGGUUGAUGACAUGUUGGCGUCUGGGGAGGGAGUUGAGUAG